AUCCUUGUGACUGUUCCAUUUCCAUGCCUGUGGAAAAUAUUGUGUUUUUGGAAUCUGCAUUCUGUUGGGAGACCGUCAUCACACUGACACUCCCCAUGCAACCUGAGGCAACCAACGACCAGAUCCAGAAUGCUGAGAAGAGGAUGAAUCCUACAGGUCAUCUGAGACAUUCACGUGUCUUUGCCGCUGUCCGUCCCCGACAGCCCUCUCGUCCCACCGGGGCACCAUCUGCCUCCCGACACUCCCCCCGCUGCCCCUGCCCGGAUCCCUCCCCCCUCCCGUGCCCCCAGUAGUGGCCAUCCCAGAGGAGAGGAAAGGCGAGCCGGCCCCUGUAAAUAUGCCUGGAUGGAGGUCUCAGUGGCGUCUCGUCCUGCUGAACUCCCUGACCUGUGGCCUGGAGAUCUGCGUGGCAGCUGGGAUCACAUACGUGCCCCCGCUGCUGCUGGAGGCUGGAGUGGAGGAGCGUUACAUGACCAUGGUGCUAGGUAUUGGUCCAGUGCUCGGCCUCCUGUUCAUCCCUCUGAUUGGCUCAGCCAGUGACCACUGCAACAGCAGUUAUGGCAGACGACGGCCUUUCAUUUGGCUGCUGUCUUUGGGAGUCCUUCUGGCGCUUGUCAUUAUUCCCCAUGCUGACGUGCUGGCUGCACGCCUUGCCUGGGGCGGGCGCACUCUCCAGGUGGGCUUCCUUAUCAUUGGGGUUGGGCUUCUUGACUUUUGUGGACAAGUAUGCUUCACACCACUGGAGGCUCUUUUGUCGGACCUGUAUCGGGAUGAGGAGGACUGCGGCCAAGCCUUUGCCAUGUUUUCCUUCAUGGUCAGCCUGGGAGGUUGUGUGGGCUAUUUGCUGCCCGCACUGGACUGGAGUCGUGGCCUCCUCUCUGUUUACCUGGGAGGCCAGGCCGAGUGCCUCUUCUCCCUGCUCAUCCUCAUCUUCAUCUCCAGUGUGCUCAUCACCAUGAAGGUGUCUGAGGAACCCUCGUGCGCUAGCAGCGGCUUGGCGGGGUCCGGAUCGUUACUGGAGUCGGGGGCCGGUGUGAUGGAGGUGGGCCGAUGCGGCGUGCCGCGCUCAUGCUGCUACCUGCUGAAGUGCAAGCUGAGGCUGCUGAAGUCCGGACCGCUGCUGUGCCUGCUGAGAACAUGCUGGUCCAUGACCCCAGCCAUCUACAGGAGCUACUGCCAUGUCCCGCGGGUGAUGAGGCAGCUGUGUGUGGCUCAGCUCUGCAGCUGGAUGGCUGUCAUGUCAUUUAUGCUUUUCUACACAGACUUUGUGGGGGAAGGCCUGUACGAGGGCGUGCCCAGUGCAUUACCAGGAAGUGUGUCCAGGCAAAGAUACGAUGAAGGUAUCCGUAUGGGUAGUCUGGGCCUGUUCCUGCAGUGUGCUACCUCAACCUUCUUCUCCCUGGUCAUGAGUCGCUUGGUUCGCCAUUUUGGCUCACGGUGGGUCUACCUGAGCAGCAUGGUGAGCUUCACUAUAUCUGCUUUGGUCAUCUGCCUGUCCAAAAGUGUGGUCUUGGUCACUGUGAUGGCAGCCCUCACUGGCUAUGCGUACGCCACACUGCAGACUCUGCCCUACACGCUCACCUGCCACUACCACAAAGAGAAAGAGGUCUUUAUGCCAAAAAAGAAAACCAAAAGCAUUCAUAAAAACGGUAUUACAACCAAGCUGGACUCUGUGUAUUUGACUCCUGUGGAAGAGGAAGGCGGACUGAACCACAAAACGGGGGCUCCCUAUGGGAAUGCCUUCAUUGGCCAGGACAAUUAUGAGUAUUACCCGAGUCCACACAGCCAGAAUGGUUCCUCUCACAGCUCUGGAGGUACCAAACAGGAGGAGACUGAUUUGGGCUUUGAGAAACGUGGUGUGGGUUUGGACUUUGCCAUCUUAGACAGCACUUUCCUCCUCUCUCAGGUUUUCCCCACCCUCUUCAUGGGCAUGAUCGUUCAGUUCGCACAGUCCGUCACUGCCUAUAUCGCCUCUUCCGCCAUCUUUGGUGCUGUUGCCAUCUACUUGGCCAGUCAAAUCAUCUUUGACCAAAAGGACCUCAAAAGCUGAGACUUGGAUACAAAAGAUGUGGGAUGUCAGGUUCUUUGUGUGCAACUCAACAAUGCACCACUGUUUCCCAAAUGCCUUGUGCUGGAACCAUGCUCUGUUGGGUGCGUGUCUGUCAAUGUGAGGCAGGUUCUGAGAGAAAGAAAAUGUCACAAGAGACAUUUUAUCUGCCAAUAAGGUGCAAUUUCCAUGUUAGACCGGAGGUUGUUACCUGCCUCCUGCAGAGUCAACACCAACUGUGUGCUUAUGUCAGGUGUGAUACUGUCUGUACUGAAUGCAGUUGAAUUCUAUAGAAAUCUCUCUCAAAACUUUUUGUUGUGACAUCUUUUCUGUCCAUCGUCUUUUUCCUCAGGUACCACAAACAGAUUUACUGUAGAACUCAUCAACCUCAGAUACACAGCUACUCACCUUUUAUGUUUUUUAUGGUCUCAGCAUCACCUGAGCUGUCCACCGUUAAAGUGCAUUGUAUUUUGUACUCAAAAACAACAUGUCAAACCCAGUAUUGGCUUGCACAUACUCAUCAGCAGCAUCAUUCAGCCAGUCUGGAGACUGGCCAUCAUCUUACUGUAGACAGGCCUGUGUGUCUUCACAUUGGCAGCAUGGAUAGAUUAAUGCAUUGUUUCUACCCCUUCAGAAAAUACAGUUAAAAGUGGGACCAUUGGACUUGUCCAUUUAGGAUGAAAAAGAAACACUGAAGUAUUGCAACUCCAUAAUGUUUGGAGACUUGGAAAAGCCAGAUUUUUAAAAUAGUGGUCUAUGUAUUUUGUCUUUAUUCCCUUCAAUGGGUCAGGAAUGCCACAUCCUACAUUUCCCAUAAUACAACUGUAUCAUCUUUCCAGCUAAGUGCCAUCACCCUUUUAACUGCCUGCCCUCAGUUUGUAAUGCAGUUUUUUGUUUUUUUUUUCAAAUAUUGAAAUCUUAAACCUAACUCAAGAUAAUCCUGAUGACAUCGCUGUGACAUCAUCAGGGUUAUUUUCUCAGACUUGACAAAGCUCCUCUAGUGCCACAGAGGACAUUAUACAAACACUUUUCACAGGCUGUUAUUACAGGCUUUAUGUGUAAAAUCGGUGAAGUACCCCUUUAAAGGUCCAGCUGAUGUUAACCCCAUCUCAUCUGUUCGCCCCUAUCUAGUGUCAUGUAUUACAUUUUACUGUAAAUAUUUUUAUACAAAUUUACUGUAUAUCCCUAUGGGAAUGUUGUUAUGCAACCUGCUGAGAUGAGGUUAUUGACUAAGGUGGUUAAAGGAUGAAGCAGUGUACUGGACUGGAAAUAAACGAGUAGUCUGGUGUAGUGGACUGCUCAUCCUGCCCCACUAUGCUUCUGAUCAGGACAGUCGUCUCAGGUUAGUAUCGUGUUAGAUAAAAGAAACUUUGCCUGCUGCCUAAACCUUCAUGUGUUAGUGUGUUCUCAAAUGACAAUCUAGGACAUCCACAUGGGCUCAUUAUUUAAUGUAAACAUGUAGGGUGAUGUCUAAAGAAGCCCACUCCAUAGCACCCAUUCUAGACCAAAAAAAAAAAAAAAAAAAAGUUACUCAGUAAAUGCAAAUAUUUGGU